UGCACGCGCUUCUCCCCCCGGUUACCGAGGCGUGUGUGAUAUCAGAUAGUGUUGUGUGUGUGUGUGUGUGUGUGUGUGUGUGUGUGUGUGUGUGUGUGUGUGUGUUUACUUUCUUUUCCUUCAUUUCCCGCUGAGUGGUUUGUGGAUUAUUGUCCAUUUCUUGAAGCGGACACGGAGCAGUGGAGGCCCCGCGGUGUGUGUGUGUGUGUGUGUGUGUGUGUGUGUGUGUGUGUGUGUGUGUGUGUGUGUGAUGAGGUUCCCUCUACGCUCUGCACGCUGACGUUCCCCUCCCUCCCCCUCCCCCUCCCCCCCUCCCCCCGUGUGUGUGCGCGUGCGUUUCUCGUCUCCUAGAGAAACUGCAUUUCCUCAAAGCUGGACACCUCUGGAGCGGUUUAUGACGACUCUGGCUGGAGCGUAAUGAGCUCACGCUUCCGGUUGCCUGCUGGCAGAUCCUACAAUGUCCGGGCGUCAGAGCUGGCACGUGACAGGCAGCACACCGAAGUGCUCUGCAACGUGGUUCUGCUGGACAACACCAUCCAGCCUUUUAAGGUUAACAAGCACGAUCAAGGACAGGUCCUGCUGGACGCAGUGUUUAAGCACCUGGAGCUGACUGAGAGAGACUAUUUCGGGCUUCACCUGGCCGACGAGUCCUCUGACAGUCCGAGGUGGCUGGAUCCAAACAAACCCAUCAGGAAGCAAUUAAAAAGGGGAUCUCCUCAUCAUCUGAACUUCAGGGUGAAGUUUUUUGUGAGUGACCCGAGCAAACUUCAGGAAGAGUACACACGGUAUGUGGGAUCUGACCCCCACACUGCAUGUGUUUGUUUGUUUGUUUGUUUGUUUGUUUGUUUGUUUAUAUAUGUAUAGACUUCACUGUCUAUA